GAUGAAUCUUUGAAUCAAAGGAAAAGAUGGUUUCACUAUCCAGAAUUUUACAUCAAAAUCGUUUGCUUCGCGCAACAAAGUACCAUAAAACAAUGGAUGCGCUAUUUCGAUCACAAUUGCUUUACUCUCCAUAUUUGGAUGUUCCCUUUAACCUCAAGAUGUUCCUCAUUUCAACCCUUUCAUUGUUCAAUUUGACUGUAGUCACCGCCAAAUGCCUUGUUCUUUACGAUACUGAAUCGUAUUCCGAUUUGAAUUUUCUCAUGGGUGACCCAACAUUCCACCUGGAAGAAGCUCGUUCCUUUUUGCUACUUUUACUUUUUGAUUGGUUAGCAGGUUGUAUCCUUCAAUACAGCAUAUUUUUGGUACAAUUAGCCGGCUCAUCGACUGAUAAAUACAUAUGGCUUUGUAUUGGUGAGGUAUUAAAGACUGGUCAAUACAAAAAUUGGGGCUCUUUCCAUACCAUUGUGAAACUGUUUUACCGGCAAAUCAAGUUAAAUUGUUAUGCUUUAGCCGUUGGUUUCCUUUUUCUUGCAAACCUACCAGCAGUCAUUUCAGCACCAAGACGCUUCAUUCUACCAAUGUUCAUUCACGCUUUACUCCAUAGUUGGGCCGCUUUUAUUGCUAGUUCAACAACAGUCAAUUUUAUUAUGCUCUAUGCUCUUUAUGUGCACGUCUGGUCCAAUUAUUUGACUCAUCUUUCAUCGGAAUUGGCCAAAAUUUUAAUACCCGAAAAAUAUUUACUCAACCAACAUAACUUUAGUCUGGAUAGCAUUAGAUUGCCGAGCAGACAGAUACGAUUGACUUUGAUCCAUUUAACCGAUCAUUAUCAGGAAUUCAUACAAAGUUAUCGAUUUUAUGGACUUCGAAAUGGUCUCAUGUUCAUGUGCACCUUUUUUGCCAACACGUUUGUCAUGUUUCUCGUCUUCUUCACGCCAAUGCCGUCCCUUUAUAAGCUUGCUAUUGUUUUAUGUGGUAUCUUUGCCACUCUCUGCGGUCAAAUUAUCCAAUUUUAUUCCGGAAUUUAUGGGCAGUCCAGGUCUGACCAGGCCAUGCGUAUCAUCCGAAAGAUACUGUACACUAAAUCAUCAUCACGCUCAAGAUUGAUUGUCUUGCUAUUCAGUGAUCAUUUUGUUGAACGGCACUUUUUCACAAUUUAUGGUUCAUUGCAACAAUCAUCCAAGAAUUUAAUUUUGACUAUAGCUGAAUCAAGCACUCUUUUGCUACUCUUGAUUACCAAUAUUGGAAGGCGAAUUAACUAUUCAUGAUUAUGAUAUAAAAU